AUGAUCAAUCCAGCAAAUGUGGUAAAGAUUUUCGCUGAUCGAGCAUCGAACUCACUGUCGUCCUUCGCCUCAGCCGCCUCAAUCGUUACAAAUCGUGAAUGUGAAGUAGCCGAGUUGUUGUGUGGUGUACUGGAAUCGAUUACUAACAGUCACUCCCAUUCCAUUGAAGUGGAAACAACCCUUGAUCAUGAACUAGUCGAUGACGAAUUGAUUGACGAUAUCGAGGACGAAGAUACAGAUGAAGAAACAUGGGAUCCCGACUGGAAUCAUGAUGAUGAAGAUAAGGAGCUGUGCAAACAAUUUUCACUUGAUUAUAUGACCAAGGCAAUCAACUUCUAUGACGAGAUUAAUCCUCACACUGGGAAACGAAAGAGGCGCUGGGAGACAGUAAAACAUCAAUUUCGACGUAUUCCGCAUCAAAGCUAUCUCUCUCGCUUUCGCCAUUAUCUUGAAAAACAUGGAACGAAGAAACAAAAGCUCGAAAAAAUCAAUGACUAUGUAUUUGAUAUGUUCGAACGAGCUCGGGAGAAUGCACUUCCAGUGCACGAUAUUGAUCUACGUCGAUGGGCUCUUAAAAAGGCUAUGGAUGAAUCGUUACACAACUUUGUCGCUUCAAGUUACUGGUUGCACUCCUUUAAAAACAAACACAAUAUCAUCUCGCGCAAGGUGACCAAGAUUGUGACGAAGCGUCAGGUAGAAGAUAAAACGAUCAUCAAAACUUCGGCCGAUCAGUUCAUAGCUGAUGUUCGCAAACGUUUGCCCCAAUACGAAGCCAACGAAGUUGUUAACACCGAUCAAAGUGGAAUCCAGUUCGAGUUGCACUCUAAUCGAACAUUAAGCCACAAAGGAGAGAAAGUUACAACUGGAACUGUUCGCUCCAUAAACGCCACUACUCACAGUUAUACAGUGCAGCCAACAAUCACACUUGAUGGUCAGCUCCUCUCACCACUUUAUCUUUGCUUGAAGGAGCCCAACGGCCGUAUGAGUGAGAAUAUUCGUUCACAUCUUUUCAAGACGUCAAAUCUAGUGAUCACGUGCAGUAGUUCUGGAAAACUCUCAACAUCUUUGGUUGAGUAUUGGCGCGACAAUGUACUCCUCCCAUCGCUUGGAAAACGUAAAAAGUUCCUACUUAUUUCGGACUGUUGGGGUGGUCAGACAUACGGAAAGGGAUUGACUGUUCGUCUUCUAAAUAAUGUUCUCUCGAUCAAGUCUCCUCAGCCGCAAGAGUUCUUUAAAAAUGACCUCGAAUUAUAUGGGCCUUUCGAAAAAUGUCCUCAUGAUCAAAAUGUUCGAAACUCGGGACACGUUCCAUAUAGUCGUAUUGGACAUCCAUUGGCUAUGUACGCGCAAAUGUUUAAGAAAAUUCUCCUCGAAAUGGAGCACGACAAACAAGCAAUCAAAGACCUGGCCAAUUAUUGUCGUCAGCGUUUUCAUGACAACUCCGCAGAGCAAAGGGUCAUAGGUGAGUUCGAACGUGAAUAUCGUCCCGACAAAGCCAUUUGGUGGUAUACACGCGAGUGUUUUACCUACCAAAUGCUCAAUCGAGCACUUCGCACUUUGGAUGGCGAAGUCAUUAUUAACAUGGGAUUUUUUCUUAAUGAUUUACACAAACAAAUACAGCGGCUAUACCACGAAUAG